AUGGCUGAGGGCAGUGAGCAUGCCGGUGCCGGUGGCCGUGGCGGCGGCAACUCACAGUCUCAAGUGAUUCAAGUUCCUGAACCUGAACCACACCCAGUGAUGGAGCAAUUACCUGAUGUUCACUAUUGCAUUAACAGUCCUCCUCCUUGGCCACAAGCACUGCUAUUGGGAUUCCAGCAUUAUAUUCUGACUCUUGGCAUGACCGUUCUGAUUCCAACUGUGAUUGUUCCUGAAAUGGGUGGAGGCCAUGCUGAGAAGGCCAAGGUGAUACAGAAUCUAUUGUUUGUUUCUGGAUUAAGCACACUUCUCCAAACUUGGUUCGGAACACGAUUGCCAACUGUAGUUGUUGGUUCAUACAGUUACAUAAUACCCACAAUGUCAAUUGUCCAUGCCAAGAGAUACAGUAACUAUACAGACCCUUAUGAGAGGUUCACUCACACAAUUAGAGGAAUACAAGGCGCCUUGAUCAUAAGUUCAAUUUUCCAUGUGUGUAUGGGAUUCUUGGGCAUUUGGAGGUUUGCUAUCAGGUUCCUAAGCCCACUUUCUGUAGUACCUUAUGUAACGUUUACUGGACUCAGUCUUUAUCAUCUUGGAUUCCCAAUGGUAAAAAGUUCUACAUUACGAUUUGCGCUGUUGUUUUCCAUUGCAAGUGCAUGGUUACUUGCACAGCUUCUGAUUUCAAGCACUGCAUAUAACCACAAGCCAGAAAGUACUCAGAAUAGUUGCCGCACUGAUCGUGUUGGUCUUAUUAGUGGUUCUGAAUGUCCUACCUUCAACUUCGGAGAAGCUCUUGCUAUGAUAGCCGCUUCUUUUGUUUCUCUAUUUGAGUCUACUGGUACAUUUUAUGCUGCGGCAAGAUAUGGAAGUGGAACACCCAAUGCUGGAUUAUUGGCAUUGACAAAGGCGGGAAGCCGAAGAGUCAUCCAAAUAUCAGCCGGCUUUAUGAUUUUCUUCUCUAUUGCUGGAAAACUUGGAGCAGUUUUAGCUUCUAUACCUUUGCCAAUCAUAGCAGCAAUGAACUGUAUAUUCUUCGGCUAUGUCUCUUCUGCAGGUCUUGAUUUUCUACAGUUCUGUAAUCUCAACAGUUUCAGAACCAAAUUCGUGUUGGGUCUCUCAUUCUUCCUCGGCAUCUCCAUUCCGCAAUAUUUCAUAGAAUAUUUUCAUGUAAAGCAUCAUCACGGAUGGUUCAAUGAUAUCGUUAGCGUGAUCUUCAUGUCGCAUACAACGGUGGCUGCAUUGGUUGCGUUCAUUUUGGACAUCACACUCUCACGUGAAGAUGAUGCAGUCCGUAAGGACAUUGGUUUGCAGUGGUGGGAGAAGUUCAGUGUAUAUAAUGCUGAUGGUCGGAAUGCUGAUUUCUAUAAAUUACCAUGUAGACUCAAUGAAUUCUUCCCUGCCCUUUAAGCAGCUUCUUUGGUUAUAUUAUAGAUGUUCAUUUUAACCCUUUAAGCCAAUUCAUCACUUUUUUUUU